AUGGAUGAACAAGUUAUUUUUACCACCGCUGUUUCAGGCACUGUUUGCCAAGUCCAUUCGGUGGGUCAGGCUAACCUACGACAAUGCGCUGCCUCCACACCCAAUAGUGCAGUCCUAAUGGGAGACAAGCUACUCGUCGCACAGGCAAAUAAAGCACUGAUUAAUGUUUACAGCGUGGACAGUCGUUCGAAGAAAGAGGCUCUCGAGCAGAGACUUCCCCUUCCUGAGCAAUUGAGCUGUUUAGCGGUCGUAGAGAAUCAUACGGGAGAUGCCGGGGUUCACCAACAGCUGCCAUACCUGCUGUUGGGCUCCACUCCAUCAGGUAAACUAUAUGUGUGGGAGGCCGGUUCUGGGAAGUUGCUUACUGUGAAGGCGAUGGCUCAUUACCAGGCCAUUACCAAGAUGCAGGCGAUCAUCAACGGGAAGUACGUCGUUACAGCGGGUGCAGAUUCCAGACUCAUUAUUUGGCAGACCGCUUCUCUAGUGCUCGAGGAGGAACCAAAGCCGUUGUACGUUUUACACGAUCAUACUCUUGCCAUCACCGAUUUCGCGGUAUCCAACGCACACAACGGAAAGUACCUGAAUUCCAAGCUGUAUACCGUCUCCGAGGACAUGACAGUGCGGUGCUAUCAGCUAAGUUCACAGCUGGAGCAGCCACAGCUACUUGCUACUUUCACCUUCCCCCUCGCAUUGACCUCUAUUGCACUUGAUCCCGCUGAUCGCUGUCUCUAUGUGGGGACGCGCGAAGGUGCCUUUGCCCUGCCGCUCUUCUAUAAGCUGGACAGUAGCGGGGCUACGCUAGUUAACUUGCUGCAGCCGGGUAAACACCAGAUAUACUCCAUUGUUCCAGAACAAGCAGGUGUUGAAGUUAAUAAGCAAGAACUAUACCGGAUGGGACAGCUGCUUUGCAGCAAGAUGCUCUCCUGCCAUGUGAGCUUGAUUCGGGUUUCAAUGGAUGGCAGUAUGGUACUGCUAGCUACUGGGAGCGGAAACUGUGUGGUGGUUGACACCUAUUCCAAACAACCGGUGAAAGAAUUGGCACCUUUGCUCGCUCCAGGUACCCAGACAGGCCCUGUAAGCAACAUUAUUACACGUUCCAUGACAGUUAAGUCGGAUUCAUUAUUACAGGAUCUCAAUUUGGCGGAUGCCCGGGCCACAGAGGCAAUCAAGAUCCCAGCGCUCGCAAAAACAGUCUUUGAUAAGACUGGUACACAUGAUAUAAUAUAUUGCGCUCCCACGGAUACAUUGUCCUCCGUAUUGCCGCGUGCUCUCGAUUUACCACAAUAUUUGGACAUGAUUGCAGAGGAAGACAGUGUUUUCGCAAACACUCCAGUCACACGCAGCACGGUAAAGGUUGUUGGAGAGCUCGCGCCUGCCAAGGCAGAAGCUUUGCCUGCCUCAUCCGCUGAAGCCCAGCAGUCUGCAGAUGAUACGGAUGCCGAGGUCGCUCGUCUCCGUGAAAGCCUGCAACAGUUGACUGGCGCAUACAAGGAUCUCCGUGCCCUACAUGAGAAGCUCUACGAGGAACAUGAGAAACUGCUGCAAACUAGCAAGUGA